AUGGCUACCACCGGAAGCCCUCUAGAUUUCCCUUGCACCCUGUGCGUCCUCCUUCAAAUCAUCUGCUGCACUCUGUCGCUCUGUCGCAGAUUGCCCUCUGGAACCCAAACUGACGGCCUCCUUUAUAGAACACUAGAUGUCCCCUUUCCAACUGCGCGCCUCGCCUCUGUGGCUCUCAGAUCUCUCCAAGUAGACAAGGAACUCUCGCCCUUGGUGCGACGGGAUUUGCGCAUUGCUACCCCGGAUACUCUGCCCGACACCGAACGCAUCAAGGACAGCGUACUCAAAGUAACAUACAAAGCUACAACAAAUCGCAUGCUUCGAGUUGCUGUGAAUGGCUUCAUGGAAAGCUUGACCCUCGUUCUGGAGGUCAUGGAGACAUUAGAUACAGAUGUACUCUCAUCCAGCAAUACAAAUACCCUAUGA